CACGCCCCCAGCCUCCAUCAGCGCUGCAGAUCGGGCAUGAGAGGUUUUUGAAGAGGGUGGGGCCUGUUUUGCUGCAGAGGGAUGUUCCACAGCCGCAUGCUGGACUGACCAGUCUGGAAAUCCCUGCUCACAGGCACGUAGCAUACACAUUUUACCCUGACUGCAAUCAAAUUGCCUCAAGCUCCCAGCAUCCUAUCAUCUGUGCGACAUCUCUGCUCUCCUCUGUCUCCUCUUUUCUCCUCCCCCUCUCUCACUGUGUAGUGCUCCGACGUCCCGUCCUCUGCAGCUCUGACUCACUUAGCUCUCAGUUUCCCAUUCGAGCCAAGCUGAACCAUACGACCUGGGAACAUGUCUUCCAGCCUGCCCCUCGGGACUGCCACUGGGGCCAAGACUAAGCCCCUCUCCCCCUUCAGGAAGCGGGGCAGCCUGCAGUACGCAGCUAGCACAGUUGAACUCCAUGGUACCCGCCACCUCCUCACUUCCCAGCAUUCCUUGCCUGGGAUCCCUGUGGCUUUGAAGCAGUCCAUUGACCUGCGUACAUCCAUGGACGGGAAGUACAAGGAGAUUGCUGAGGAGCUGUUCUCACGCAGCCUGGCAGAGAGUGAGAUGCGCAGCGCCCCUUAUGAAUUUCCGGAGGACAGUCCCAUCGAACAGCUGGAGGAGAGACGUCAACGCCUUGAGCGGCAAAUCAGCCAGGAUGUCAGGUUUGAACCUGACAUCCUCCUGCGAGCCAAGCAGGAGUUCAUGAAGACCGACAGUGCCACUGAUCUCGAAUACAUAAAGGAGCAGAGCCAAGCUCCAGACCUGCAGGAGAGAGAGCUGGUUCCAGAGAGAGAGUACCAGAGAGUCAGUAUUUCUGGAGAGGAGAAAUGUGGGGUUCCUUUCACAGAUCUUUUGGAUGCUGCCAAAUGUGUGGUGAAGGCUCUGUUCAUUAGACGGAAGUACAUGGGUCUCUCGCUGCAGAGCUUCUGCAGGACCACCACUCGUUACCUGCAGGAGCUGAGUGAGAGACCCCUGGGCUUAGAUAUUUAUGAGGAGGAGAUCCCAGAGACCACAGUCUCUGCAGGUGCCACAGUGCACCCCCCUGUUUCUAAAACGCACCCCUAUGAGAACCAGGAUCCUGCCAGCAUGCCCCCUGAUAUGGGUUACGGUUGCAAGAUGGUGGAUGGUGUCAUGCAUGUGUACAUGACAAGGAACAAGUUGGAAAAGAGCACAGAGCUGGACCUGCCAUAUCCAGACCUGCAGGAGUACAUCGCUGAUAUGAAUGUGAUGAUGGCCCUCAUUAUCAAUGGACCAGUAAAGUCCUUCUGCUACCGUCGUCUGCAUUCCAAGUCCCAGAUUCACGUCCGGCUGAAUGAGAUGAAAGAGCUGGCAGCACAGAAGAAAGUCCCACAUCGAGACUUUUACAAUAUCCGUAAGGUUGACACACAUAUCCAUGCGUCAUCCUGUAUGAACCAGAAGCACCUUCUGCGUUUUAUAAAAAGAGCCAUGAAGAAGUAUCCUAAGGACAUUGUACACAUGGAAAGAGGCAAGGGUCAGACCCUUAUGGAGGUGUUUGAAAGCAUGAAUCUGACAGCCUUUGACCUAAGUGUGGACACGCUGGACAUGCACGCUGAUCGUAACACUUUCCAUCGAUUUGACAAGUUCAAUUCCAAAUACAAUCCUAUUGGCGAGUCCAUCCUGAGAGAGAUCUUCAUCAAAACAGACAACUACAUUGAAGGGAAAUACUUUGGUCACAUCAUUAAGGAGGUGAUGGCUGACCUGGAGGAGAGCAAGUUCCAGAACGUGGAGCUCAGGCUGUCGAUCUACGGGCGCUCCAGAAACGAGUGGGACAAACUGGCAACGUGGGCCGUCAAACAUCAGGUCUACUCAGACAACGUGCGCUGGCUUGUGCAAGUGCCACGGCUCUUUGAUGUCUACCACACAAAGAAGCAACUGUGCAACUUCCAAGAGAUGCUGGAGAACAUCUUCAUGCCGCUGUUCGAGGUUACAGUGAACCCCGGCAGCCACCCAGAGCUGCACCUCUUCCUUCAGCAUGUUGUGGGUUUUGACAGUGUCGAUGAUGAGUCAAAACCAGAGCAACAUAUCUUCAACUUGGACAGUCCUCUGCCAGUGAACUGGACAGAGGAGGACAACCCACCCUAUUUCUACUACCUGUAUUAUAUGUAUGCAAACAUGACUGUGCUGAAUCACCUGCGCAGGCAGCGGGGGUUUCAUACUCUUGUCCUGCGUCCUCACUGUGGGGAAGCGGGGCCAAUUCAUCACCUGGUGUCUGGUUUCAUGCUGUCUGAGAACAUCUCCCACGGGCUGCUGCUCAGGAAGGCUCCUGUGCUGCAGUAUCUGUACUACUUAGCCCAGAUUGGGAUUGCCAUGUCUCCACUCAGCAAUAACAGCCUGUUCCUCAGCUACCAUCGUAACCCUCUGCCAGAGUACCUGUCCAGAGGCCUCAUAGUCUCUCUGUCCACAGACGACCCUCUGCAGUUUCACUUCACCAAGGAGCCCUUGAUGGAGGAGUACAGCAUUGCUGCUCAGGUGUGGAAACUGAGCUCCUGUGACAUGUGUGAGCUGGCCAGAAACAGCGUGUUGAUGAGCGGAUUCUCUCAUAAGGCAAAGAGCUACUGGCUUGGCCCAAACUACUUUAAAGAGGGACAGGAGAGCAAUGACAUCAGACGCACAAACGUUCCCGACAUCCGUGUGGCGUACCGGUAUGAAACUCUGUGUGAGGAGCUGAAUUUAAUCAUACAGGCCAUUCGUACUGAUGAGCUGGAGACCAUCGAAGAGGAGGGGAGUCUGUAUAUGGGAGCAGUGCAGGCAGAGAAAUGACCAUGCAGCACCACACAGUUGUCACUACAUUCCCUGUUUGCAUAUCAGCAUAUCACACCUGUGAGAAGAAAAAUGCUUUGUUACAAAGAGACUGAGAGCUGCUACUCUGGCCAUAUGAGCGAAGACCUACAGUCUGUGUACUCAAAGUGUUUACCUCUUUUAGUUUCUGAGUCAUUCUUUGUUUAAUUUAUCAUAGCGAUUUCACAGUGUCUCUUGAUAUAUUGCUAUAUUUUUACAGUUUGUUGACAUUUUAUGUCAACAUGGCAACAUUUUGCCCAACAAAAUGAGCAAAUGUGUGGCCUGGAGAAGGCUUUGAAACAGCAUUUAGGUCCUGAUUUUGGGAGGUAAAACAGUAACACUUAAGUUUUCCUCACUGUGUGUUUGUAGACACAUUUUCACACAUUUUCAGAUUUCUAUUUUAUCUGUAAUUAGUAGCAAAUUAUAUGGAUAUUUCCAGGAAACACUUUAGGAGAUUAUUUGGAAAUAAAUUGGAAUUUAGGGAUCAUAAACUUAAGUGUAACCAUUAUUUUAGUUACAGUUGAAUUAAUGUUGGUUUCCUGGGGCAGGUCACGUCACUUGUUCAUACGCCAGUGUAGCUAUAACCAUGGAUGGAUUAGAGAGCAGGCACAGGCCCAGGGGCUCCUGAACCAGAGAAUCUCUGUGAAGUGAGGGUUAACAUUUCUUGUUGGAAAAUCAAUUAGCAACAAAUAGACACAAAAUGAAUAAAAAUAGAUGUACAAAGCAGCCACAAAGAGAUGCGAUACAAGCACAAGGACACACAAAAAACUUCAUAGAGAAGGAAGUGAGAGACAAAAAUAACCAGAGAGAGAAGCAAAGUGACUAAAAAGAAAUGGAAAACAAAAAAAGAAAUAACAACUAAAGACUAGACACAAAAUAAUUAAACAAAAAAGGCACACAAAAACAAACGAGCAAAAUAAAAGACACACAAAACUGAUAUUUUUCUGGAAGUUAUAUUACAUCUCCAACAUGUAAACAGGCACUUCAUGUUUACAAGGUUCACACCUUUUGUUUGACAGAUGCUACAGAUGUUCCUAGCAGGAAAUUUGCACAGUCAUUGCUACUCGUUACUAGUGAGCUGAGACAUUUCUUAAGCUUGAAUAAUGCAACCUGACUUAAUAAAUCACAACUUGGAAACUGUCCAGUACUAAGAUUUUAGGAACAUACUGACACACACCCACUUAGUAAUGGACUGACACAUAGCCCGUACAGUUGGUACAAUCCAAUCCAGGAGAACUUUCUUGAAAGAAAUGCUUAAUUUAAAUAAAACUCACAAAUACAACUGAACAGGUAGAUGAAGUAGGAACAAGCCAAAUUUUUUGUUGUCAAGGGGAGUGGUGUGUGAUAUGGAGUUCAGCUGAUGACCUCAGUAUUUCUAACAUCCUUACGAAAUCACAAACAUAAAUUUAUCGUGUGAUGCAAAAAUGUGUUAAAAAAUAACAAAUGCUUAAAUUUUGAAUUUUUGUCUGGUACAGUUUCUACUGUUGUUAUCCACAGGACAAUACCUCAUUCUGUACUGAACCUGCACCUUCACUAUUCCUGUUUCUGCUAAUAUUAGCAUCACAUUUUCCACAGCUCCUCCAUGUGAUAUUCUAGCUGUUUUUAGUGUUUACGGUCAUUCAGUAGGGUUGCAUGAAGGCAUGUCAAUGUUUGUUUCUGGUGUGAAGCAACUCAUUUGUAGCAUUAAUCCUAUUUUGUGACAUUUUCUACAGACAGCCUGAGCUGUAACUGCGGUACCAUCUUUCUUUUUCACACAGAUGUUUAAAAUAUUUACAGUUCUGAAUCAUAGUACAGUGAAUUAUGCAUGACGAUCCUUCAUUUUUCACGCCUUGCAGAAGUUCAACCAUUGCCAAAUCCAUGAAUAAGCAGACUUUUAGAGACCUGGAGGUUGCCAAACUUGACAAACCAUUCUCCAACUUGUCCUAUUGCAACUUGUUGCUAUUCAAAAGCACUAUGUCUUCUCAGAGAAUUAUGUGUGCUGUUUGUGAAAUAUUAUUUAACAUUUGUGUCUAUGAAAUGUUGCUCAUAUUGGUGUGCUUGCUUUGCUUUGGUUUACACAACACAGAAAGUGAAUAAAUGUCUUCUGAAACUGAAAA